UUUGGAGAAAGCAGUUUAGCUCUUUAUCAGAAUUAAGCAUUUCAUACAGUAUCGCUCUUCUCACCGUGAAUCUGUGACGAUACUGAAAUCGCUGGUUUUUGUGGCUGGCCUAAUGGUUUGCUGGCUGAAUUCAAGAUCGAAAGUUUCGGGCUCGAGUCAGGAUCAUCUUGCUUCUCUUCCUCAGGGGUAUACGGGUUUCUUUUACCGAAGACGCGUUGCUCCAGAUACGAUUGUAAGAAGAAGAUGAAUAUGUGUCAAAGGCACGAACAGCGAUGAUUUAAAUAGGAUUGUCUGGGCUUACGAUCGGUUCAUAACAUAAAAAUAAGGUAGAGCGCCUAGUGCUAGCACACACAGGUUAAGCCUUGGUCAAUGAGGUUCAGUAUUUCAUGAAACAGCGCAACAUCUCGACACUUGUCCCUCAUUUUUCCUGGCGAAACCGAAUGAUGAACUCGGGUACUUUCGAAGCAUAAUUUACAUUCAGUGUAGUAGGUGAUGUGUGUGCUGCACAUUUUGUCAGACUGAAGUGCUUUUUAAUGCUUGUCAAAUUCUUUCUAUUGUAUUCCGUCCUCCAACUACUAGAAGUGUCCUCUGAUGAGUGUCUAAGAACCAAAAGGAAACGCUCAAUCAGUACCGUGACAAAUUAAAUUGUUACACUGAGAUACUCGUGAUUACUAUAUAUAGCUACAUGCAAACUGCUUUAAGUGCGGGAGAUGCGAGUGACCAAUUCAUGAUUGAUUUUAAUUUUUCCCUCAAAUUGGCCAAGGAUCAAUAAUAGACCCACACUGUACGUAGAUGGGUAAGUUGAAGAUAUACAUUGAUAUGUUUUGGCACAACUUACCAAAAACCCAGGUUUCUAACCCUUUUUGAAACCGCUCCAGAUAAAGCUGAAUGUUACCGCUUCCGAGAGAAGCUGCGAAAUAUUUUCAGUUUAGAUUGACGCCUCCGUGAUUAUUGCUUUUAAGAUAGAAAAUUAUAGUGAAGGUUUCAGUUAAGAAUAAGACCCCGUGUACCCAAGAUCGUUGGAAUAGAAGACAAUUUUUUAGACCGUAAUUCUUGAUAUAGCUAGUAAUCAAGACCCGGGAACAUUGGUAAGCAAUAACUUAUUUUGUGAUUUUUGCUCUGAUUCAAAGAGAAACUUAUCGCCAGUUUUUACCUUUCUUUUUGGUUCUUUUUGGAGCCACGUGCUCGUUUCCGAAAUGAGGUUGGUUGAUUAUUUUUGAAAAUGACUUCCUUCUAAAUUCCUAACUUUAACUAUGAAGUUAUUAUGUAACUGAAUGAAAAGUAGAGUAUGACGAUUAUUAGAGAGCCAAACAUGGAAUCAAAUCAGCAAUGUAUAGCCGGGUUGAAAAGAGAUUGGGCACGAAAGCCUGGAACAUUUCGCUCAAGAUGGCCACCGACGAAAUCCCUGUUGUGGACUUCAGUGCUUUGAGUCUAGAAAACAAAGAUCCUUUCAGCAAAAUAAGUAAAGGCAUUGAAGAGCUUGCUGAUCAAGUUUAUCAAGCGUUUAGUACAAUUGGAUUUGUUUAUCUAAAAAACCAUGGUAUUCCCCAAGAAGUGAUUGACUCCGUUUUCAAGACGUUUGACAGGUUUUUUGAAUUAAACCAAGAUGUAAAGGAAAAGUACACUAAGGAUAAAGGAACAUCUUCAAAUGGUUGGGAUGCUCUUGAGAGAGAAAGCACUAAUCCAGAGAGACCUGGAGAUCUCAAAGAAUCAUUUGAUGUGGGUGCAGUCUAUGAUGAAAACUUUAAUUGGCCCGACAAAGAUGUUCCAAUUUUCCAGAGAACUAUUACUCCUAUGUAUGAGUCCCUUAUGGCUCUUAGUAAAAGAGUGCUGUCUCUAAUGGCUAUAAGCCUAAAAAUGGAGCCCAGCAAAUUUGCCUAUGCAUUUGAGAAUAUGGGUACAUCCUCUGGUGGCACUCAGCUCAGAUACAACUACUACCCAAUGAUAGCAGACAUCAGGAAAGUGAAGCCAGGCCAGAUACGCUGUGGGGAACAUACUGAUUAUGGUGGCAUUACAUUGCUGAUUCAGGAUGAUGUGGGUGGACUUGAGGUUUCAAACAUUAAAUAUGAUGGGCGAUUUGUUCCUGCUACACCCAUGAAAGGAACAGUACUAGUAAAUAUUGGUGAUUUGAUGCAAAGAUGGACAAGUGACACACUUAAAUCUACGGUUCACCGAGUACUGAUACCUGAAGUAGAAAUCAAGCGGCGUGUUCCUCGUCGGUCAUUGGUGUUUUUUGUUGAUCCAGAUCCGUCUUCACUAAUAAGUUGUUUAGAUGGCUCAAGCAAAUAUCCACCGAUUACAGCUGGAGAAUGGAUCAAGGGAAAACUCUCUGCCACAUAUAGUUAUUGACAGUGAGGCAAGUGAACCUAAACUUCACAAACAUGCCAAUGCAAUUGGAAUUUUAACUACUGGAUUACGUUUAUCUUUAUCUCAGUGAAGAAUACAUUUUUAAUGCUAACAUAUUGAUAGGGUUUUUUUUCCAUUAAUUUACGAGAAAAAUCUGGGUCUCUUUUUUGAUAAUUCUCGUGGUGCUCAAUGAUUGGUUUAGAGAGAACUUAUGUCACCUUGACCAAUGAAUUUAACCAUGGUUGCUCGCGUUUUCUCGCACUUAAGACAAUUUGGUUGUUUUUUUACGUUUCAUUUUUAUUGGCUUUUUCUGAUGUUUUUUUUUGUUUUUUUGUUCUGGUUGGCCGAUGUAGUUAUCUUGGUUUAACGUUCUAUCAAAAUUCUUUGCUGUGUGUUUGUUCAGUAACAGAUCACAGAUGAUGUCAAAAUUUGGUGAGAACAAAAAAGUGGCACUUACGGCGCAGCCGAGUGUGUCACUGAUGUUCUUACCACAUUUUGACGUCUUGUGCGAUCUAUUACUGUACUGUACAUACCCACGGCAACAUGGAAUCUAUUUGUUUUGAAUGAUAACAAAGCAACCAUUUGUUGCAGUGUUAUAGAUCGUAGGCGAAAAUUACAGAUCAAAAUGCGUGAAUAAUUAUUCUUAUUACGUAAAGAGAAGUUAGAAAUGACCAAUAUAACUUUACAAUACUUUAUUUAUUUUAUUGGAUAUAUAAGUUAUACACCCAUCAUGACGAAACGAUGACAAUGAUAGUCAAUAAUAAUGACGUCAUUAUGUGGUAUAAAUAAAACUUAGUGGAACUUGAGAAGUAGAUUGCAUCUCUAUGGUUAACUCUGAACACAUUUUGACACCUUUUCCACGAUCUAGUAUACUCAAUAUCCUUGUUUUUUUUUACAAAGAGAGAGAAAUUCAAAUGGAGAAGGGAAGAAGCGUUGGCUUGUAUAGUGCACACGGUCAGUCAAGCGCUACAUUGUUUAUCAGCCACACACCCUUAGAUAACAAUAUUCCAUUUUCUGUGCACCCGUUCAAUUUGUGAUCAAAGAUAACUUUAAACUGUGGUCGCACACAAAGGUAGACGCAUUCAUGGCCGAAAAGGAAAAAAAAGCGACAACUAGGAAUACAUAAACAUCCGCUCUUCCGUGAUCUGUAGCUUAAGAAACAUAACGAGAGUUCUAGGGUCAAAUUGCUCAUGCUAAACUUUAUUCUUACAUGAAACCCAUUCUGCCCGAUGCAAAGAUGACUCGAGAAUCUCUUGAGAAUAAAACUGAGUCGCGCACUUGAGACGUUAGCCUUGGAAGGCCAAUGCAUUUCCGCUCAGAAGAGAAUCGGAAACCGGAAAUCACGUUUGAAUUGUAUAGUUUCCCAUAAGAUACAAUGUACAAAUGGCAAACUAAAAUACAUCUUGGUAAACA